GACGAGCAUCCUGGGUCACGAUAAUGUUCCUUAGCCAGACUAUAUAAGCAGCUACAAGUUCCAUAAGCAGCCGAACAGCCCAGAAGCGCUGCGUAAAACCAGAGAUGGAGAGGUCGCUCAUCGCCGCGCUCUGUGUCGGACUGUCUCUGCUCAUCUCGGUCCAACACGCCGACGCCUGGUACAAACAGUCCACCGGACCCAGCUACUACUCCGUGGGCCGAGCGUCCGGGCUGCUCUCCGGCAUCAGGAGGUCACCGUACGUCCGCAGGUCCGAGUCCGCGGAGACAGUGAUGGACGUGGGAGAGUCGGCGAGUAACAGCGUGCUGCAAGACGCCAGCAGGCAGAUCUCCAUCCUCAAAAGCAUGGCCAUCUGUGUGAAGGACAUCUCUCCAAACCUUAAGACCUGUGAGCUGAUGCAGGACGGCACGGGAACCUUCCAGUGCAAGGCGGAUGUCUUCCUCACCCUGGACUCGCUGGACUGCCUGUCUGCAUGAGGACGGCUCUGCUCCUCUGCUCAUGAACCGCCCCGACGACUCCGGAGAAAUAUGUGGGAUGAAGUUGAGGAAGAGAUCUGUGGCCCGUUGUCAGACUCCUCUUUUAAUCUGCUGUACUCCACUUGCUUUCACUCAGUAUAAAGAUUACGGAUUGUGAAAAACGAUAUAAAAAGAUGACAUCACAAUUUUCCUGUUUGACCCCCCCUCCUCCCCCUGGCCCUCUCUGAUGCAGAUUUCCUGUAAAUGGCUAUGGUUUAUUUUAUCUAUUAAAAGGAAC